GCCGCCGCCGUAGCGCUCCCACACAUACACCGUCAUCCACAGUAUGUCCUCUUUCCAGCACGACAAGCGGUACACUCCCGGUUCAAAUCCUCCACCCGAGCUUCGCCUCCGCCCUUCACGUGACGGCGUGGCCCUCCUCGCCGAACUUUUCAGAACAGCUGCUCCCCAUCCACGCUCCCCUUCUUCGUCCUCUUUUGCACGAUCUCCCCCCCCCUCCUCCCCAUCCGCUGCGUUCGCUCCAAUAGGCUCAGACCUUUUCUCUGUUAGGUACAUGGUGGCCCCACCGACCCGACGUCAUCAUGCCUGUUUUCGUCCGGAGGAUUCGUGCACCCUGACCGUGUACAGACAGUCGAGCGUCGAUCCUCUCGUUUCGUUUGAAGGGAUAAUAAAGAGGAGGAUGAGGAAGGAGAAGAGGCCGGUGGAAGGAAGAGGAGGAGGAGGAGGACGAGCACGACGACGACCGACUCCAACUUCCUUGCGUUGCGUUGUCUGCUUUCCGAACGCAAUGCAAGAGCAGCCUUCGAAUCCUAGAGCCCUUCUGCCAUGGCUGCGGUCGAUCUCCAUGUGGAUCCUCUUGUCGUUGUUCGUGGUUUCUGCUUCGGCAUCCGGUGCGUCCGACGACGCUGCGGCCCUCCUGGCGUUUAAGGCCAGGGCUGACCCCGGCAACCGCCUGCCCUUCUUCCCCGCGGCCAACGGCUCCUCCUCCGACAACGAGCACUGCCGCUGGCCCGGCGUCUGGUGCUCCCCCGAUGGCAGGGUCGUCCGGCUCGUCCUCGAGGCCGGGGGCCUCGCCGGUGUCUUCGCCGGCGGCACCCUCGACCGGCUUGACCAGCUUCGGAUCCUCAGCCUCAAGGCCAACUCCCUUACCGGCCCACUCCCGGACCUCUCCCCGCUGCUGAACCUUAAGGCCCUCUUCCUAAGCCGCAAUCGCUUCGUAGGCGCCUUCCCCGCCUCCGUUCUCUCCCUCCAUCGCCUCCGUACCCUCGACUUGUCGUACAACAACCUCUCCGGCCCGAUCCCGCCUUCUCUCGCCGCGCUCGAUCGGCUCUACGCCCUUCGCCUCGAGUCGAACCGCUUCAGCGGUCCCAUCCCUCCCCUCAACCAGUCCUCCCUCGUGAACUUCAACGUCUCCUACAACAACUUCUCCGGCAGGAUCCCGGCCACCGCCGCGUUGUCCUCGUUCGCCGCCUCGGCCUUCGCUGCGAAUCCGGGGCUGUGCGGAGGCGUCCUGAGAAAGAAGUGCGGCGGCGGCAACGCCUCACGCACCGCCCCGUCCCCCGCGAACGCUGUCGCAGGGGAGCACGCGGGGAUACGCCUCCCGAGCUCCGCUUCCCCUGCGCAGAAGAUGCACAAGAGAGCCGUCGUGGCGGUGGGGUUCUUGGCCAGCUCGUUUCUAGUGAUUGGAGUCUUGGGCUUCUCCUUGUUGAUGCAGAAGAAGAGGAGCAGGAUGAAGCGGGGGGCGAUCCUGGGCCCGGUGAAGCACCAAGCCAAUGGGGCCGCCGAGGCUCCGGAGUCGAAUCUCGAGAAUCUCAACGCGCAGACCGAGAACCGGAGCCACGAGCUCAUGGCGGCCGCGUCACUGGCGAUGUCGGAGGAGAAGGUGAAGAAGCUGUCUAAGAGUGGGUGCUUGGUGUUCUGCGCCGGGGAGGCGCCGGUGUACAAUCUGCAGCAGCUGAUGAAAGCCUCGGCCGAGAUGUUGGGCAGAGGGAGUGCGGGGAGUACUUACAAGGCAGUAUUGGAGAAUAGGCUGAUGGUGAGCGUGAAAAGAUUGGACGCCGCGAAGCUGGUGACAACGGGGAAGGAGGUGUUCGAGCGGCACAUGGAGAUGCUCGGAAGGCUUCGCCACCCCAACUUGGUGCCGCUGCGGGCGUACUUCAAGGCCAAGGAAGAGAGGCUGCUGGUCUAUGACUACCAUCCCAAUGGCAGCUUAUCCUCCCUUGUGCAUGGUUCAAGAUCCACAAGACCGAAGCCCCUCCACUGGACCUCAUGUCUAAAGAUUGCAGAGGAUGUUGCACACGGCCUUGCAUACAUCCACCAAGCUUCUCGAUUAGUCCAUGGAAACGUUAAAUCGUCCAAUGUCCUUCUUGGUUCUGAUUUUGAGGCUUGCCUGACCGACAACUGUCUCGCUUUUCUUAUGAAACCAUCCGACAAUGAAGAUGACAUAGGAUAUAGAGCUCCCGAAUCCCAAAAUUCUAAUGGAGGGCUAACACCUAGUUCAGAUAUCUAUGCAUUUGGUGUCUUACUGCUGGAGCUCCUGACCGGGAAACGACCUUCGCAGCAGCCAGUGCUAGUGGAAACCACUCUGCCUGUUUGGGUUCGAUCAAUGAGAGAGGAUGUAAUCGAAGGAGCAGAUGAUGAACGCUUAAUGAUGAUCAUCGACAUUGCUGCAGCCUGUGUUCAUCUUUCUCCAGAUAGCAGGCCGACCACAUGGCAGAUUUUGAAAAUGAUUGAGGAAGUGAAGGAGGUUGACAUAGGAGACCAUGAUAGUGGUUCAGCCUCCCUUUCCUAGUUCUGGCCCUGAUGCCCAUAUCUAAUGGACCUUGUUGAAGAGAUCUUUCUAUUCUGAGGGCAAUUGGAACUUCAGUGUCCAUAAAUGUAAUGUCCACCCUCAGUGUGGGAGGGAUGUGCUAAGAUUGUUGAAUAGUUAAAAACCUGCUUCACUGUUGCUCAUGGAAUUGGAACCAUGGAGGCUACCAAAAUAGUUCAUUGCUCAUGUACCAUCAGUGUUAGCUCAACUGUAGUAUAGAAGAUAAAUUGCAAUCAGGGUAAAUAAGGAUCAGAUUGUGCCUUCAGCAGAUGUCAAAGACAAGUAUUCUAAGCCUUGUAAAAGUAUUCUAUGAAUUUAUAUAUAAUCUCUAAAUUUUUGGAGCU